UCUACGAACAGCUGUCCGAUCAGCUGUCGUUUCCCGCAGCCCUGGUCCCAAAAAUUUCACGGCCAACAGCCAAAAUUUCGUGGUCAACAACGCGGAAGUCUCUAGUUUUAUGUAAUGUUUAGGUGACGAGGAGAAAUCUCCGAUCUUUGCGCUAAUUGUCCUGCAAUGCUUCACUACCACCUCGGGGUCGUGGUCCGCUGCGCGCGGCACAAGCCGCUGUUGCUGUGGGCGCCCGUUUGCCACAAGAGUUUCCUCAGUCCGCUGAAGGAAUACGAGGAGCGGGUGAAAUCCGGCCAACUGAUGACCGACGACAGGCAGUUCCAGACGAUGAAGGAGCUGGACGCACUUUACCACAAGAUUCAGGGAUAUAGACCCAGCUACAAAACUAGCGGCGGUGGCGGUGGGGGCUUCUUCAGUUCCCUCUUCGGCCGGAAAUCCUCCGAAGACGACGAUCAGGAUGAUCCCAACGCCGGCAGCCACGCUCCUCAAGGACUCUACCUUUACGGCAGUGUGGGCGUUGGCAAGACCACGCUAAUGGACCUCUUCUUCGACUGUUGCACUCAGAUCGAUCGCAAGCAGCGCGUCCACUUCACCUCGUUCAUGAACACAGUGCAUACCCGCAUCCACGAGGCCAAGAAGGAACAGGGACCCGUAGACCGGGCCUUCAACUCGGAGAAGCCCGCACCGUUUGAUCCAACAAAACCCGUGGCUGACCUGAUUGCCCGCGAGUCCUGGCUGAUUUGCUUUGACGAGUUCCAGGUGACGGACAUUGCCGACGCCAUGGUGCUCAAGCGCCUCUUCACCCACCUCUUUCGGCACGGAAUCGUGGUUGUGGCCACCAGCAAUCGUCAUCCCGAGGAUCUGUACAAAAACGGCCUGCAGCGCACGAACUUUCUGCCCUUUAUCGGGCUGCUUCAGCGGCGCUGCAAGGUGUCCCAGCUGGAUUCGAUCGACUACCGGCGGAUAGCGCAAUCCGGGGACACCAACUACUUCGUCAAGGGUCAAACGGAUGCGGACGGUAGCAUGAAUCGCAUGUUCAAGAUCCUGUGCGCCGAGGAGAACGAUAUAAUCCGACCGCGGACCCUCACUCACUUCGGCAGGGAUCUGACCUUCAAUCGCACCUGCGGCCAGGUGCUGGACAGCACCUUCGGAGAGCUCUGUGACCGCCCUCUGGCUGGCAGCGAUUACCUGCAGAUUUCGCAGUUCUUUCACACCGUCCUCAUCCGAGAUGUGCCCCAACUGACCCUGGAUGUCAAGGCGCAGAUGCGACGCUUUAUUACCCUAAUAGAUACCCUGUACAAUAACCGAGUGCGAGUGGUAUUAUCGGCAGAUGUACCGCUGGAAAGUCUGUUCAGUUUCACAGGAGGUUCCAAAAGUCUUUCCGAUUCCGAGCGGAAUCUGAUGGAUGACUUGAAAAUAAACGAGUCUAAAUCCAGUUUUUUCACCGGCGAAGAGGAGCUGUUCGCCUUCGAUCGCACGAUUUCACGGCUCUACGAAAUGCAAAAGCGGGAAUACUGGGAGCAGUGGGCCAAGCAUCGCUAAAACCCCAUAUCACGAAGCAGUAGUUCAAUUAGCGCUAUUAAAUUAUUUGUUUUCUACCUCGGUGUCGCGGAAUUAUUUAUAAAAAAAAACAUGUCCUUGUACUUAUUAAAUUCCCUAUGAAAAAUGCAAUAUUUACAAUAGGUGCCUUUGGCAAGUAUUAAAGCAAUAAACAAAGUUA